CGUCAACAUGCCGCGCUGCCUCAUGGCCAAGAAAUGGAAGGCCUACCCGUGGCCGGAUCGCGUUGACGAUCCACAGGAGGAGCAUUCGAACGAUCCUUCGAGCAUUCUGCAGGAGCAGGCUAACCACGGUAUACAGCAGACGUCCGCGUCGUUGGAGAAGAGGCAACACAGGCAUGAGCCGGAGGACGAGGAGAUCGACGUGGUCGGGGACACGGAUAGCAGACAGGUCGAUCAUCAACAGACCUGUUGGGGUCCGCACAGUCCAACCGCUGGUGCCACUGCGCCCAGUCCACCGCCACUCAACGCCUCUGGUGCUCUCUAUUAUCAUGGUUACACGCACGAGUCGUGGAUCAACCACGAGGAACCACCCAAGUACGCGACGCUGCGCUCAGCGGCGGAGCUGGCCCGACCGGUGGUACCAUCACCGCCGCCUCCACCAGCCGCGCCUCAAGAGCUGGCCGCGGUGGUGACCGGGUCCGGCCUGCACCAACCACACCCAGCAGCCCCAACUCCGACAACUCCGUCGUCGUCGUCCACCUCGCUGAGCCUCCCGCCGAGGAAAAGCCUGUCCAUGUGUUUCACCAGCACUGGAACGGCGUUGUCGUUGCCCCCGAAGAAGAAGGACAUCUACAGGCCGUACAGCCUCCAGCCGACGUCGGAGAUCCGCACGUCGGCCGAGGAGGAUCUGUCGGCCGCGCAGGCGAUCCUCGAUCUGAGCGCGUCCCCGGCUGCGCCCACGCACUCGGUCUUCAUUCACACUUUAUCGCCGCCGCCGCAGCCGCCGCCUCCUCCGCCUCCGCCGCCACCGCCGCCGCCUGCAACGGCCACCGGCCAGCUGCAGCCGACACAGUUGCAGCCGGCGCCGAACGCGCAGCCUAUCCCUGUCUCGGUGUUGGUACCGGUGCCUAGCUCGCAAACCAACCAGCUGCGACAACAGGAGCAAACCCCGCAGCCCCAGUCGCCGGCCACCGCGGAGGCAAACGCCAGCAACUGCUCCGCCGGGAGAGAUGGCAGCAGCAGCAGCAGCAAGACGGUGGCCUACACGUACGAGGCGUUCUUCGUGUCGGACGGCCGGUCGAAACGUCGAAACGCAAACACGAAUGGGGCGGCGGUGCCCGACAAGGAGGCCACACAGCCGGAUAGGCCCAAGUUCACGUGCACGGAGUGCGGCAAACAGUACGCCACGUCGUCGAACCUGUCCCGGCACAAGCAGACGCACCGUAGCCUCGACUCACAGUCCGCGAAGAAGUGCAUUCACUGUGGCAAGGCGUACGUGAGCAUGCCGGCCUUGGCGAUGCACGUGCUCACCCACAAGCUGGCCCACAGCUGCGGCGUCUGCGGCAAGAUGUUCUCCAGGCCGUGGCUGCUGCAAGGCCACCUGAGAAGUCACACGGGCGAGAAGCCGUACGGUUGCGCGCACUGCGGCAAAGCGUUCGCCGAUCGGUCGAAUCUCCGCGCCCACAUGCAGACCCACUCCGCGGACAAGAACUACGAGUGCUCGAGAUGCCACAAGACCUUCGCCCUCAAGUCCUAUCUCAACAAACAUCUGGAGUCCGCCUGUCUACGCGACGACGAGAUGCCACCGCCGCCGCCGCCGCCACCGCCGCCGCCGUCGUCGUCGUCGUCGUCGUCGUCGUCGCAGCAAGCUGCCGGCAACGGUAGCAACGCGACGACGCAACACCAGCAGAGCAACAAUCGUGGUUUGUAGCAGCGCUUCGACGACAGGAAGACCACGACCAGGCGUCUCGACGCCCUAGAGACCGCUGCCAGGGAGAGCUAGCGGUCGUUCCCAGCGACGCCCGGCUAACCGGGACGACCGGAGGAAGUAAGAUCGAUUGACGGAGAAGAGAUUGACGGUGGGAUGAAGAGGAGGAGUGUGGGAGAGUGGGAGAAAGAAUAAAGGUUUGCCCGUAGAUUUUAAGUAGAAAAGUGCCAGUAGAGUGAAUGGAGGAUAAAUAGAGAGAAGUUAACCGAACGGUAGAUGGGUAGAGAGUGGAGAGAGAGAGAGAGAAAGAGAGAGAGAGAAAGAGAGAGAGAAUGAGAGAUGGGUGGGGGAGGGGGUUGAUAGGAGUGUGUCGGUUUCUUAAAUAAUGUCUAACAUUAAUAAAAACGUCCAAUAAUGUUAAGUCUUAAAAACGAGCAUGAGAGAAAAAGGAAAAGAAGAAGGAGAAGGAUAGAUGAAACGACGACGGAUAUAAACGAUGAAAAAGAAAAAAAAAAAAAAAAGAAAGAAAGAGAGAAAAAUAGGGAAAGAAGAGAAGCGAGACGAAGGAAACGAGAACAAAGAACACGUCGAACGGUGACGUCCACACUGCAGUCUAGUCACUCUAGUCGAUUAUACCUAAUACAUUAUGAUAUUAUAUUAUUAUAUUAUAUAUUAUAUUAUAUUAUAUUAUUAUUAUAUAUAUAGUAUAUUUACUAGCGCGUACGGUUCUAGUCGCGAGCUCGUUACGGAGACACACUAUUUAUUGAUACUUAGCUGCCUAAAAUGAGAUAACGAGUAAAAGGAAAAAGAAAAAAAAGAAAAAAAAGAAAAAAACUCUUCGAGGAUUCAAGCAGAAAUCUACACACGUACACACACAUACAAACAGAUCAAAGGGGACACGCACCAUAUAUAUGUAUAUAUAUAUAUAUAUAUAUAUACACACACACGAUAAUAACGAUAAUAACGACGAUAACAAUGAACGAUCGUUAAAACGAAGGUAUUAAGAGGCGAUUAAUAAUUCGACGCAGCAACGAAUUCUUUUUAAUCGAAAAGAAAACGCUCGACUUAACCACGAGCCAACGAGAUUUCCGGCCGGUUUCCGAGAUUCUCCCUAAAAAACCAUUUUCUCCCCCUCCCCCCGCGAAACCGUGCAUCGACGUUCGUCCUCCGAAUCACCGCAAUCGUGGUGAUACACACGCGGGGAAUCGAAUCGCGUUCCAGGGAUCGAUUCGUCGCUCGUUGGAACGCACAGUCGUGACGACCGGACCACUCUGUUUCUUCCGCAGAGCACCGAAUCGAGCCUCGAGGCGAUCGACCCUCGCCCAUGUUCCUUUUCCCGAUGGCUCCUUUUCACGGUUAGAUACCACGAUUACACCAGACCACAGGUCGAUCCACGAGUGAUCGAUAGUACGUAGUAUGGAGGGCGCCGGUGCGGGCCUGCACGGUUCUUUGGACGACGUGCGAGAAGAUUGUGUAUAACUCGAUCGUGUAACCAGUUUUAUUUUUCCCGGAAAGGAAGAAAGGUUUUACCACUUGACGGGCGUUUUGUUUUUUUUUUUUCUGGAAUUGAACGACGGAUGAGGAGAUAUUUGAGUGUUAUAAAUCGUAACGGAUACGUUCUCUCAUCGAUAGAGGAAAUGCAUUUUUCAAAAAUACAAAUUAGCAAACGAAAAAAUAUAAAUAUUUGGAAAGACGAACAUUCUGUUAAGGUAAAACUAAAUCCAACUAAAGUAGAUCCCGGAAGUUUCGUCCCCUGUCGGUCGUUUCAAUUUUCCUCAGCACGUUCCAGUUGCCACGCAGAAUUUCAAUCGCUCGUGAAUGACAGUUCGCCAUUUCGAGGAUGAACUCCUGCCUUUUCAAAUAUUUAAUUCUGUCAAUUGUCACGUCGUUAUUUUCACCUAGUCGCAGAAGAACGCCAUUGUUCGCCGUGCAAAAGGGUGGAAGAAAAAAGGAACAAAGAAAAAAAAAGAGAGAGAGAGAGAGAGUGGCUCGUGGCAUAGAACGUGUUAACGACACGUGGGCAUCGAUCGAGUUGCCCCGAGGUCGUCGUAUUUGCGAUAUUUCCAACCGUGUUUCCAUGAUUUUCACGACGGCGUUACACGACCGGCUAUACGCAAGCUCCUCGCGCGACAUCAAAUAAAAUUCCAAACGCCUACACACAAACACACACACACAAAUACACACACACACACGCACCUGCACACACUCAACAGACACACGACACACGAAGCGCGUUGCAAGUAAUAUUUAGUGCAGAUUCGAGUAAUAGAUGCGUAACAUUGUUAUACACAUAUUUUAUAGAAGCAAUAUAACGAGUAAGGAAAAAAAAAAAAAAAGAAAACGUAAUAAUGACGACGCGUACGGUCAAAAAGCAAUGUUUCGACACAACGAAUUAUAUAAUUAUACAUAUUAGAGGCGAGCAUCGAAGUUGAACGUGAUGGGAAACUUCGGCAGACAAUUCUUCGAUCGUCUGAACCCAACCUAAACCACGCUCUUCCGUGUCUCGCGAUCCACGUUUCGAAAUUGGCGCCACCGCUGGCCGGAUUCCUCGCGAAGGAAAAUUCAUCGCCGUUCCCCCCCGUCCUUCAAAGCAAUAUUUUCUAACGAACCGUUCACCUUCAACGAACAAGCGUCGCUCCCGCGUCUUAAGAUCUCGAUUAAGAAGGAGCUGGAUCGGACUAUUUAUCGGUUCGAUCGAUGGGAGCGAUCGAGCAAUCAGUGGCUUCGCGGUUUGCCUUUCGACGACGAGGCACGCGCUUCGUACGGCUUGAUUAGCUUCUGAUAUUUUUCUCAACGAUAACCCCCUAUAUAAUUAAGUAAGCUUCGUGCAACGAGCGGAACACCAACGUAGUUGUUAAAAAAAGAAAAUUCCUUUUAAGCAUAUUUUAUAUAACGAACAACGACCUUUGCUCCGAAAAAGAAGAGAGAGAAAAGAGUAAACGAGUAGAGUUAGUAGGAUGUAUAAAAAAUUUCGAUUCUACGAGCAACGCAACAUCGAAAUUCGUGAUCGUCGGAAGUGUUUCGUCGUGAAAACUUUUGAAAAACUUUUGAAGCUCUCUCCUGGAGCUACACUGCGAUUCGUAAGUGGAGAAAAAAGUAGUACGAGUACGAGUAUUUCGUGACAACGAAGGGGGAGCGACGGCGAAAUCCGGCUGGAAAAAGAAAAAAAUCCGAUCCCCGCUUCAUUCGACCAACUUUCGCCCGCCCUGCGAAUGCAACGAUUUACAUGCGCGCCGAAUUAUUCCCGGGAGAAUUACAAAAAAAAAGAAAAAAAAAAAGAAAGAAAGAAAGAAAGAAUCUGAACAAAGAAAGUAAAAAGGGAAGAGGAAAAGUACAGAGAAGAAAACAAAACAGAAAAAGAGGAAAUACAGGCGAAACACGAUCGCGAGAGAACAAAGAAGAGCGUGGAUCAGUGCCAGUUUCGGGAAGAGCUGGCGCGACGGUCCAACGAGUCCUUUUGUAAUAAUUAUUGCCGACAAAUAAUUACCGCGUUGCAUGUACAGAGUAGCCGACCUCACCGCCAAAACAGUAAAAAAAAAAAAGAAAAAAAAAACUAGGCAAAAGUGAAAAAAAAAGAGAAGAAGAUUAAUCGCGAGAGAAAGAGAGAGAAAAAAAAUGAGAGAACAGAAAUACACAUUAUACACGCGUCUUACGUACUAUACUUUGUGUUUUCGCGUAGCGCUCGUACGCUGGCCGUUGGACUCCCCUAGUUAGACCCUAGGGACCUUUUUAGAAGCAAACGACAGUGAUCUUUCGUUAUCUUGGCCGGGAUCCAACUUGGCCGAAAGAUCGACGAAAGAUCGAUCGACCCCGAACGCUUCUUUUCUAGCCCCCCGCCCUCGCCACGUUCGCGCACGGUGACGUUUGUCUCCGGAGUUUUCUCCAGAAUGCUGUGCACCGCGUGCACCGAUACAUAGAGCAAUAAAAUCCUAAGCAAUACUAAUGAAUUAACGAGUUGAUUAACGAGAAACGAUGUAAAAUGAAAUUAGGAACGGGUAGAGAGCAGAGACAAUUUAACAAAGAAAAAAAAAGAAAAAAGCAAAAAAAAAAAAAAAGAAGAAGAAGAAACGUGAAGAAUUAACCAAGUGCACCGUUUGACGCGUGUUUGUUGAUUCGGUCGAUCGAAAAAGGAACGGAUGAAACGGUUUGUGCGCGAGGAGAAAUAGUGAAAAAGGAAGGGAAAAAAAUAGAGAAAAUAAAAUGAAACGGAGAAACAACUCAGGACGAAAGGGGAGCGAUCUCGUACGAUCGUCGAUCAAGCUCAUUUCCGGUUCCUCCACUUUGCUUUCGACCUUGGGGAAUCUUUGAUCACCAGCAGCAAUCGUCUCUCGGUUUUUAGCUACUAAUUUCAUUGUUCUUGAUUACGUGUAAUAUUUAUUUUUCUGCGAAUUGUUAACAGUAUUAUUAUUAUUAUUAUUAUUAUUAUUAUUAUUAUUAAUGCUUGCAGCUUUAUCGUAUUUAUUAUUGUCAUCGCUAUCUAUUAUAUUUAUUAUUAUUACUAUUAUUAUUAUUAUUAUUAACACCGUGUAUUUUUAUUUAUCCUUAUAUAUCGGUUCGCCCUUUAUUAUUGCGUUGCUGUUAUUGUUAAUACGUAUAGCCGAUCACGGUCAUAUUGUCACUGGUGAUAAUACUGUUACGCGUAACCGUUCUCUGUUCCGUCACUCAUCGCGAUUUGUAAUCUUAUUGUUGCCGACACGGCGAUCGAUGAUCGUUACAAACGCAUCGCGCGAUAAGAG